CUUCGCCGUGGCGAUGCGGCUGCUGCUCAUCCAGCGCCGCUGCGCCGACCCCUUCGUCACGGUGUCGGCAACGCUCAAUGAGGUUAUCCUCCGCAGAUACGCCGCCGACCGCCGCGCCAGCGCCGACCACUUCCCGUGGCUUGCGAGGGUGAGCCCGGCGCUCCGCCUCUCGUCGGAAGUGACGGGUGCUGGCGCGAGUCGCGCCGAAUACUGGAGACUGCGGCGUGGCGAUGAGAAUGGCGCGAGUCUGCGGCGACGCCUCUUGCAGUCCGGCAUGGUGCAGCACUACGAGGGCGGGCGAGGCGCGGAGCGGAUGGUGCGCGUCGAGCUGGCCGACGGCAACGUGCAGUACUACGAGGGUGAGAAAGGCGCGGAGCGGAAGGUGCGCGCUGAGUUUGCAAGCGGCACUGUGACGUACUACGCGGGUGGGAAACGUGCGGAGCGGAAAGUGCGCAAGGAGUUUCUCGACGGCGAGGUGCAGCACUACGAGGGCGAAAAAGGCGCGGAGCGGAAGGUGCGCGCGGAGUAUCCCGACGGCACUGUGAAGUACUACGAGGGUGGGAAACGUGCGGAGCGGAGGGUGCGCACGGUGUUUGCCGACGGCGAGGUGCGGUACUACGAGGGCGAGAACGGUGCGGAGCGGAUGGUGCGCGCGGUGAGUGCCGAGGGCGCCGUUGGGCACUUUGAGGGUGAGCGGGGCGCGGAGCGGAUGGUGCGCAAGGAGUUUCUCGACGGCGAGGUGCAGCACUACGAGGGCGAAAAAGGCGCGGAGCGGAAGGUGCGCGCGGAGUAUCCCGACGGCACUGUGAAGUACUACGAGGGUGGGAAACGUGCGGAGCGGAGGGUGCGCACGGUGUUUGCCGACGGCAAGGUGCAGUCCUUCGAGGGCGAGCGAGGUGCGGAGCGGUGUGUUUGCGUAAUGCCAGGCGCGAGCGAGGACAAGGCGGCCGCAGAGAAGCGGUACAAGGCCAUGCGGGUCGCAGAGCUGAGGAGCGAGUGCGAGCGCCUCGGCUUGGCCACCACCGGCGUCAAAGCAGCGCUCGUGGCGCGCCUCCUGGCGGCCUGAGCCUGUCGUACUACUGUUGAACUCUCGCGCGCAUAUACGCUCGUGAAUGAAAUCCAGCGCGAGGCAGCGACUGUACCGUGACCCA